AUGGCGUCAAGGAUAUCGCUAAAGCCCAGCAGCGGCAACAACAAGGGAGCCAAUGGCGCGGCAGAGAGAUCGACGGUCCAGGUGUUGAAAGAGUGGAGCGCUUGGAGCUUGGAGAAGUCCAAAGUCAUCGCUCAUUACGGCUUCAUUCCUCUAAUCAUCGUUAUUGGAAUGAACUCCGAGCCAAAGCCACAGCUCUACCAGCUACUCAGCCCUAUCUGA